UUCACUCUCUCUCCCCAAAACUAUUAAGUUCCUCUCUCCACACCAUUAAAACCAACCCCACGACCACCCUCCUCUCUCCAUACAAUGAGAAGAAGAGAGACAUAAAAACAAAAGGUGGUAGAUGCAUGAGCCACAAACCCAUUUACAUAAUCUCUCUUUCUCUCUCCCCCUCUCUUGCUCACUCACCACCUUUCCUUCCUAAAUCCUAAAUCCCUUUGCCACUUUGCAACAGAUUUCUCACCAACCACCUCUUCGAUUCUCCUCCGGCUCCCACAACCGCCGCCUUCUUUGCCUCUUCAGUUUUGUUUUUGCGUGCAUGUGGAAAAGCCCAUAGCAAGCAGUGGGUGUAGGCUGCGCCAACCCAUAAUCAUAAUCUUACUUGUCAAAGAAGAAAUACUCCUUCCAGUAUUGAUUCAUUUAGAUUCUCCUUGAGGCUAUGCCGAUGUGAUCCAAGGAGCUAGGUGAUAACCGUGAUAUGUGAGAGAAGUGACCAAGUAAAGUGGUGUACGUUAAUUGAAAAUUUUGAGUCAAAGCAUGGUGAGCUUACGAAGACGCAAGCUUCUGGGACUAUGCUCUGGGAGAGGUUCUUUCAUCGCUCCACUUCCUAGGUUUUUUAAUGGAACUGCUGCUGAAAAUCCCACCCAUAAUAACAAUCCAGUCAGAGUGCAUCCAGGGCCUUCAGUUGAUGUAAACCAGCUAUUGGGGAGUAAAUUAGGGCCUAAAUCAUCAAAUGAAUCUGGUUCAAGCUCAUCAAAAGAACAGCCCAUUCAACCAGAAGCAGGGCCACCAAUAAAACGCAGAAAGCGACACAGGAGAAAGAAUUUUCAAAACCAAGAACCAUGUCUGAUGAGAGGUGUCUAUUUCAAAAAUAUGAAAUGGCAGGCAGCAAUAAAAGUAGAUAAGAAACAAAUUCACCUCGGAACUGUUGGUUCACAAGAAGAGGCUGCUCGUUUGUAUGAUAGGGCUGCUUUCAUGUGUGGGAGGGAACCCAACUUUGAGCUUUCUGAGGAGGAGAAGCAAGAACUUAGGAAAUUCAAGUGGGAAGAGUUCUUGGCCAUAACUCGUCAUGCAAUUACUAGUAAAAAACAUAAGAGAAGGCUUGGAACAGGGUCUCAGAGGAGGUCCGAGUCCCCAAUGGAGAACAGUGAAUGGGAUGCCAAGCAAGAAGUCAAUAGCCUUUCAGCUUCAGAGGAUGUGGAGCCUGACACAUCUGCCUCUUGAAAACUAUGAAAAGAGAAUAGGCUGAUAUUCUGGUUCUAACAGUGAAGUAGUAGCUGAUAGGCCUCCAUUUUUGGUGUAUGAAGCCCUCCUAUUGGGUAAUAAUGGUAUAUUUCAUUGUCUCCUCUUAAGAAAAUCCUUGAUGACUUGUACACAAUAAAUAGUUCAAUACUGGAUGUAGAGUAGUUAUUUAUCACUAUAGUCUUUGAUCCACUGAACUUGAUCACAGCUAUUAUUCUUUCUUUUUCCCUCCCAUAGCCGAAGCUCAUGUACUGAAAUCUUUGAUUGUAAAUAGUUUGAGCUUUGAGUUUUCCAGUUUGCUGAUUA